UUAGCAGUUUAUAUUUGCUAAAAACAAAUUGCUCUUCCAUGUUGUGUGUACUGCGGGGCACCAGAUAUAGUGAAUGCAGGGUCCUGGGAGACCAGAUAUAGUGAAUGCAGGGUCCUGGGAGACCAGAUAUAGUGAAUGCAGGGUCCAGGGAGACCAGAUAUAGUGAAUGCAGGGGUCCGGGGAGACCAGAUAUAGUGAAUGCAGGGUCCGGGGAGACCAGAUAUAGUGAAUGCAGGGUCUGGGGAGACCGGAUAUAGUGAAUGCAGGGUCCGGGGAGACCGGAUAUAGUGAAUGCAGGGUCCGGGGAGACCAGAUAUAGUGAAUGCAGGGUCCGG